AUAACUGAACGGUUCUUUAGUGAUUUUAGAAAAAACUGAUUUGUAUUUGUAAUAUAAAUGCAAAAUAUAAAUAAUUUUUAAACAUGUUUUCCGAAACAAUUGAAAAUUGUGCCGAAGAUUCAAAUAAAAAAUUCUUUCCGGAUUCCAGUAGCCGAUCUAACGAUUACAACUUUUCCUCACUGGAGCAACCACCCAGUUUACAAAGUAUUAACAGUGUCAAUAGCAGUAUAUUCUCACCAAAUUGCGAUAUCUCCAAUGAAUUUCGAUCUCUGGAACAACCGAUUAGUUUACAGAGCCUUAAUGGCGUCAAUAUAUUUUCGCAUCUUGAGAUUACAAAGGCUAUACUGCAACAGCUUGGCAGCCCAUUGCAGGAAGCGACAUUCCUCAAUAUAUUACAACAUUUUUUAAGUAUUGAUUCAAAAGCUCCUUUGGGUACGAUAAUUUGGAAUACUGCAGAAAAAUUAGUGCACCGGGCCAAGCUGAUUGAAAGUGAAAGUGAUGCAGAACGAUUGUUAUGUAAAGCCAUAUCAUACAAGCUGACAUGUCUAAAUUGCAAUUAUGCUAAGGAAGAAUCAAACCCGACUACUACAAAUCAAAAGACUGAAAAUGACCAUGGUCAAACGGCACUGACUGAUGUCAAGAAAAUAACAUUGGUGACGACUCCUGCUCCGGGUAUGACACCUGCUCCCGGUAUGCCACCACCACCUACAAUGCCAGGUAUGCCACCUGCUCCCGGUAUGCCACCACCACCUCCAAUACCUGGUAUGCCACCUGCUGCCGGUAUGCCACCACCACCUCCAAUACCAGGAAUGCCUCCUCCCCCUGGAAUGCCAAUUAAACCUAUUGCGUUUCCUCAUCAAUGCACUCCUCCUCAAAAAUCAAAAACAAGAAGCGUUAAUUGGAUCAAAAUUCCACCACAACAGAUUUUGGGCAAAAACAAUAUCUGGACAGCAAUGUUGGACUGUCAAAAAAGAAACACUGGCGUCAAUAUCGAUUUCAAAGAAUUGGAGACACUAUUUUGUUUACAAACGAAUAAAGUGGAGACAGCAAAAGGAUCAGAUUUCGUCGAUGGCAGUGCAAGGAAAAGUAGUUCAAGCGCAGUAAACUUGUUUGACUCAAAGCGAAGCUUGAACAUCAACAUCUUUUUGAAACAAUUUAAAGGAUACGCAACUUAUGAGGCUAUUAUCGAGCUAAUUCGCCAAGGAAACCACAAAAUAAUGGGUCCUGAAAAGUUGAAGAAUCUUCUGAAAUUAUUGCCCGAUUCUCAGGAAAUACAAACAUUGAAAAGCUUUGAUGGUGAUACUCAAUGUUUAGGAAAUGCAGAAAAAUUCAUGUUGUUAUUAAUUGCUAUUCCAAACUACAAGUUGUGGAUUGAAUGCAUGCUUUUAAAGGAGGAGUUUGCAGCUAAUGUCACAUACCUCGAGCCAAUAAUAUGUGCCAUAAUCGAUAAUGGACAAAAUCUAAUUAAUAAUGAAAAAAUACGUGAUGUGAUUUACUACGUGGUACUUGCUGGAAAUUUUCUUAAUUCUGGAGGAUAUGCCGGUAAUGCAGCUGGAGUUAAACUUAGCUUUCUUACCCAAUUGAGCGGGAUACGUACCAACAAACCGGGAAUGAGUUUUAUGCAUUUUGUGGCAUUACAAAUAGAAAAGUUAAAGCCAGAACUUUUACUCUUUACGGAAGAUUUCAAAUGUUUGGACAAUGUUUCAGGCAUUAAUAUUGAUCAGAUAUCUAGCGAUAUUACUGAAAUGGACAAAGAACUGAAAACAAUUGAGAAUCAAAUAUCAAAUGCAAAUUUCGAUGGCAAUACAAAACGUGAAUUAAUGGCGUUUUUAAUGAGUGCAAAGCAAAAAGUUUACGAGUUGAAGAAUCGAAUGAUCCAAGUCGAUGAGAUACGUGUGAAAACGGCCAAUUUCUUUUGUGAAGAUGUACAAAAAUUUCGCUUGGAUGAAUGUUUUCGAAUUUUUCACUCUUUUUGUGAGACGUUUCUCAAGUGCCGCAAAGACAAUGAAAGACGGUUACAGUUGGAGAAACAAACAUUACAAAGACAAAAGCAAAAACAGGAGCAGCAGAUGUCGAAAAUGGAACACAAACGUCCCAGACUUCAUGAUUGCCAAAAUGUUAUUAGUACCUCGACAGAAAUGAAUAAUAAUCAUUCAACAAUGAAUGAUGAUGAACUAAUGGAUUAUUUUAGUAAAAGUUUGCAAGAUUGUGGAAAGGGUCGCAGACGAAAAAGCCGCGACAAUGGACGAAGGAAUUCGAGAACCUCCACAUCUAGUGAUGAAUGUGAGACGACAGCUUUAAGGAAAGAAGAACAAAGUGUUCCAGAUCAUGCAGCAGAUGCUAAGGUUAAUGAAAAAAUUACCAUUUCAGAUGUCAAAGAGAGACCUAAAUCAUCGCAGUUCGUAUUUGAUCUUGAACCUUUGCCAGAAGGUAAAUGUAUAACGGCCUCUGACUUGAAUAGUCCCCUUAAAAACUAUCAAAAUUCUGUUAUCGAAAAUAUGGGUAAUGUGGCACCAUCUUUAGCGCAAGAAAAUACACCACACAUAACGAAAAAAGACUUGGAAAAUAAGGAUGAAAACACUAAUAUUCAACACGAGACUGUGGCGCAAAGAACAAGAAGAUUGAAAAUUAUUCCGCCACUAAAAAUUCGGCCGAUUUCACAAACAGAAGAAAGGUCAAUGUCGGCCGUUGUUGGUAAUACAGAAUGUGAGAAACGUUUUUCCUUCAAAUCGGUGGCACUUGCUGCACGAAUGGUAAAACGUUGCACAUCUAUUAAUGAGCGUGAUAUUCAGGAGACUUUAAAACACCUAAGAACACCAACCGUUGUACCGAAUUAUAUAUGGGAUGAUCACAGACAAAGAUUGCGAACGAUGAGCGAAAGAAAUGCGGAAAAUAUUUUCUUUAAUGAUAAUGUUUUUCGAAAUAAUGUGGAAAAGGAAGCUGAGAAAUGUCAGGGAACAGACAUGCAAAAACUACCAUGUAUUACUACGAAUGAACAACGUUUGAAUAAUGAGGACUAUCAUAUUGUAAAUGGAGCUCCAAUAUUAAUUGAAGGUAAUAAAGAGGAAAAUUCGACUCUAGAAAAUAUUCCUGGAGGCGACAUAGAAGUACCCAAUGUACCAGAAUCCGCGAUGAAAUCAAAUUCUUUAAUUUCUGAAGUCGCCGAAAGGAAAAACAGUUCAAAGAAUCAAGAUUGCCUUAACGAGAGCUAUAUUCAAACAUUAUAUGCUCUAAAAAACGACGCAAUAAGUUCUGGAAAUAAAUUGGAUACACCAAAUGGUGUUAAAAAACAUUGUGAAUCUGAGAUCAAAUCAACGACAACAUUUAAAGCCGUAGAAGAGAAUUCAAAAUUUAAAUGUCCUACCAGUGCAACAAAUUUAGAAGAUAAUCGAGAGCAAAAUGAUAGUGGUGAAAUUUCUGUUGCAAAUAUUAUCCAAACAUCUGAUGUAAAACGUUUGAAAUCAAAUAAAGUCGAAAAUGAUAUUUUAAAAACUCUGGCUGGUUGUGAUAAGACAACUUUUUCGGAUAAACGAGAUAUUUAUAGCGAAGAACAAACCACACGUAAAGAAAAUCCCCAACAAAUCCAUGCAGAAAAUUUGAAUAAAACCUGCCUCAAGGAUGGUGGACCAUUGAAACAUUUACAUACGGAAAAUUUAAAAAACGUCACUCCUGGGUUGAACAAUGCAGACAAUGAUGAAUUAAAGAAGUUAAAGCCCAAAUCGGAAGGUUAUCAUCUAAUUGAAGAAAUAAAUUUGAAAGCCCUCUCAGAUAAUAAAGAAAAUUAUAUUAAUUUUCCGGAGGUGGAAUCUAAGCCAGAAUCGAACGGAAAACAAAAUCCGAAGAAUCCCACAGAGAAUAAGAACAAUUUGUUAAAAUCUAAAGAAGUGCAUCUUCAACAUAACUGUGAUCAAAGCCAAAUACAAUCAAAAGAUAUAAUGAAACAGAACUCACGUGAUUUUGAAGACAUUAAAGUUGAAUUUAUGACGAAUGCCGAACAAAUAAAUGCUAAAGAAAAUGUGGAAAAGGAGUUAUUGUUUUCAAAUGACAAAAACCAAGAUGCCAUGACGAAAAAUGAAGAUAUCAACUCCAUGUUUGAUAUCAUUUCUGAACAUUUACAAACAUUACAGAUGAAAGUGAAUGGGACUCAAAAUAUAGAACCGAAUAUUAUUCAUGGUAUAUCUAAUAUUUCUCCCCUUGACGAAGAAAAAUUAAACAAUGAGAUUAAACAAAACCUCCCAGAAUAUCAUGCUUGUGAUAACAUAUUUAAAACCGAUUAUAGCACUAAACAAUUCAACCAAGCAGUAAAACGAGACCAUUUUACGCCCAGGCAGAAAGAAACCCCUCCCAAUAAAUUGGUUUUAAAAAAUGUUACAGAUGAUAAACACUUAAAACUGAAAACUUCCGUAAUACCUAACACGACUGCACAAAUGCCGACUAAGUCUGAACACCCAGCCAGUAUUGCAGUAUCAAAGCUAGGAAAGAAAACUUCCGACGAAUUAGUUUCAUCUAACACUACUGUUGCUGCUCCAACAAGAGCCAAUGAACAUAGAAAACGGAAUAUAUUUUCAAGAAAACAGAAAAAUGAGAAACUGCCAACACCCUCUUCUGUCAAAAAUUCAAAACAUGAUCUUAAAAAUGCAGAGAAUGGGACUCAAAAUGUCGAACAGAAUGUCAUUCACAAUAAAUCUAAUAUUUCUUCCCUCGAAGUUUCGUCUUUGAAUGUAAAUGACAAAGAAACGGUAAAUAAUGAGGUAACAGUAAAUCUAGACAAUACUAAGCUCACGCACAAAGAAAGUGUCAAAAGCUCUCCCAAUAAACCGGGUUCAAACCUGUUUGCAGAUGUAAAUAAAAAAUCGAAAGAUAUUGACAAACACUUCAAGCUCAAAACUUCUUCAAUACAAAACACUACUGCACAAAUACCAGCUAAGCCUGAACAUGCAGCCAGUAACGCGAUAUCGAAGUUAGCAAAGAAAACUUCCUAUAAAUUAGUUUCAUCUAAGACUACUGUAGCUGCUCCAACAAGAUCCGACGAAGGUAGAAAACUGAAUAUAUUUUCAGGUAAACAGAAAAAUGAGAAACUUCCAACGCCCUCUACUGUCAAAAACUCAAAACAUUAUCUAAAAAAUGCAGAGUAUGGGACUCAAAAUGUCGAACAGGAUGUCAUUCACAAUAAAUCUAAUAUUCCUCCCCUCGGUGUUUCGUCCUUGGAUGUAGAUCAUAAUGAAACAGUAAAUAAUGAGGUAACAGAAAAUCUAGUAAACUCCGAGCCCCAACACAAAGAAAUUAUUAAAAGCUCUCCCAAAAAACUGGGUUUAAAAAUAUUUUCAGAUGUAAAUAAAAAAUCCAAAGAUAUUGAUAAACACUUAAAACUCAAAACUUCUUCAAUACAAAACACGACUGCACAAAUACCAACUAAGCCUGAAUAUGCAGCCAGUAUUGUGAUAUCGAAAUCAGCAAAGAAAACUUCCGACAUAUUAGUUUCAUCUAAGAAUACUGUGGCUUCAAGAAAACAGAAAAAUGAGAAACUUCCUACGCCAUCCAACGCCAUUGAAUCAAAGCGUGAUCUAAACAAUUCUGAAUCUACCCCAAUAAACAAAAUAUCGACAUUAAAGAAGUUCUCCACGAAUGUAGCACAAAAACUAGGAUUAAGAAAGCCCGCAAGCGAAAAACCUCCAAAAUUGUUAAAUGAAGUGAGAGAAAGAGAUAAGCAAAUAAUAGCGGCAAAAACACCUCAAAUAAUUAACAAAAAAAGUAAUGCUACAUCAUUAAUGAGAAACUACGGCCAAGUUAAAGAUAAAAAUUCCCAACCUGAAUUGAGGGCAACAUCACAAAUACCAAGUCGUAGCAGUUUUCGUUCAUCUCGUACUUCUAGUAGUAGUUCAGCCAAAGCCUACAUUAACAACACUAACCAAAGUGUCCGAUUUUUAAAGACAUCAAAUGGAAUUGCGUGUAAUAGCCAAAACUCCAAAUCUGAUAUAAAAACUUCCAUUCAAUCCAAUAGUGUUUCAAUAAGACCUCAGUCCUUAAGCAAGAAACGACAUUCGGUCACCAAUAUUUCCUCCAAUGCUAUGCCAGAAAUGAAAAAUAAAACAACCUCAGUUCUUCGACCCCCUAAUGGCCAACUUUCGUCUGCAAAAUCUGUAACCACUUCAACUACUCGCACCCCCUCAAAUGAAAGUACUCUCAGAAAUGUUACUGCUAACUUCCAGAAAAGUGUUGCAGUACCAAAAACAGGCCGUAGUGCUAGCCUCAGUUCUUCAUUUCCAAAAUCUGGUUCAGAAUUGCUGAGUAGUCGCAGACUUUCUUUGAGAGAAAACUGCAGCAAUGUCAAAGGAUCCUUAGAACCGCCAAGACGCUCUUCGGCAAGUUCAAUUCGUAGUUCAUUUAGUUCUAAACGUAACACAACAUCGAAUCUCAUAAAGAAGACACAGAAUGGACUAUAAUAGUUUUAACGGUAGACAUAAUUAUAAUAAUAAAUUUAAUAAUAAAUUUAUUAUAUUUUAUUAAAUUUGUACAAAAUGAAACUAUUUUUAUGUUAUUAUUACUAUAAAAUUAUAAUUAUACUUAAAUUUAUACGAGAAUUCAACUUUGUUUUAUGUUUCCUCCAUUUUGUUAUGU